CUGAAGGACAGCUGUCGGCUGAAGGGCCGUCAGAGAAUACUGAAGAAGUGACUGACGAACCGUCCGACAAUGAAGAUGGUAACUCAACUACAGGAAAAAGUCUUGCUGCGUGGACAACUAAGAGAACGUGUCGAGUGAAAUGUUUCAAAACCAAGUCCUACAAGCAAUCACGAAAAGUCUGGUGUGGUUUUUAAGAAGAUGUACAAAAUACCGUUUGAAAUACACUCGAUAUUCUACAACCUGUACCAGAUGUUGUAAAGGAUGGACUGGCGUGCCUGGACGUUGCAGAGAUGUCAACGAGUGUCGAAGAAAGCCUUGUGCAUGGAAUGCUAGAUGCAUCAACACAGCCGGUUCCUAUCGCUGUGUUUGCGACCGUGGAUAUACAAUGGGACGACGGGAAUGUGUUGAUGUAAAUGAGUGCAGACGGAAUCCGUGUGGUAAAUACGGGAAAUGCCACAACACAAUAGGGUCCUACAAAUGUUAUUGUAGACGAGGGUUUAAAUGGAACGGGAGAACAUGUAUUGACAUCAACGAGUGUAGACGUCGGGGAGUCUGUGGUCGUUAUGCAAGAUGUUACAACACACCUGGUUCCUACUAUUGCAAGUGCUACAGCUCGGGCUACAAGAUGAUCGGACUGACAUGUGUAGACAUCAACGAGUGUUUAAGGAACCCUUGUCCUUCUGGUGUCACAUGUCACAAUUUCCCCGGCUCCUAUCGUUGUGCAUGCAAACCGGGUUACUACUUCGCAAAUAACACUUGUGUUGAUCACAACGAGUGCAAAUAUAAAGGAAGAUGUGACCACAUCUGUGUCAACACUCCCGGAUCCUUCUAUUGUCUCUGUAGAAAGGGUUUUGAAUUAUUUAAGAAACGUUAUUGCGUGGACAUCAACGAAUGUAGGUGCAACAAUGGUGGAUGCCCUUUCCCUUACAGAUGCGUUAACAAACCCGGGCACCACUACUGUGAUUGCCCCUUCGGGUUUGGAGUUAGAGGGAACAUGUGUCACCUUUUGAUACCUCAAAAGAAACUGAACUUCACUCUCCCCAAUAACCCAACAGCCUUACCAAGAAUGAAGCCGCAAUUGCAAACCACAACUGUGAUACCACCUAAAAAAUAACUUUUUCAUCAAAUUAGUCAAAUAAAUGAUAAUUUAAUAAAAAGAAA